AUGUUCGUCCUAUUUACGUUCAUAGAGGGGCGUACGGAAGACAUUGCGCAAGACCUCAGCAGCAGGUGCAGGGACUGUUCAGCUGCUCUUGCUGCGUUUGGCGAAGUGUCGAAAGCCUACAAACUUUCAGACACAUCACCAGGAAAUGAAGACGCUUUGCCGGUAUUCUUUGCUCUUGUAAAUAUUGGUUCGCGAGAUGGAGCUGGAAUAUCCGCGAUUCAUCCAGCGAUGCAAAUCCCCAUAGUUAUGCACCUGCCCCCCACAGUGUCCCCUGGUUCUUGCAGUAGCAAGGAAAUAACUGAUCCCCAUUGUUCAGCUGAAGCAGCCGAAUUUCCGGCCCCACACGCAUCCAGAGAGAGUUUAUCUGCUGCACGCCACCGAAUAGUAGCUGGGGAAUUCUUUGACGGCGCACUCGGGGAUGGAUGGGAUGACGAUGAAGAUAAGAAGUUACACCAGUCAACUAUCUCCGAGAAGAUAACCAGGUUCAAGGCCAGACGAAGCGCGCUCUACUGUUGA